GCAUUUAAUGCUAGUGCUCAUCAGCGGGGGAUCCUUCCUCCAUUUACUCGUAUGAUGAAGGAUAAGUCGGUGCCUGGAAGCCGUGUGGUGGUUUCAAUUGAAGACAUCAUUUAUCUUGAGAUAAUCCGCACACUGACUGACCAUCACGAAAUUGACGAUAGACAGAAUCUUCAAACGCUUUCAAUAGAUCGCAACAUAAUUUCUUUGCUACCUUUGAGAUCUGGUAGAAUUGGUAGGACAUUAGAGUUACGAGGGUUCCGGAUAUCGAAGACGUAGAUCAGAGAAGACGAAGAAGGGUGGGGGAGAAGAAGAAAAGAGCUCAUCGAACGAAACAAGAAAGAAGCGAAGAAAUCGCAAUCAUGAGCAGACACCACUACGACCCCGUACGUCUCUAUCCACUUUAUUGCAACCCAAAUUCCAACUCCCUUCAUCCCAAGACUUCCAAAAUCCAAAACCUCAACUAACCCAUCCAUCUCCAAGAUCCCCCAACGAUCAAACUCCAUUCCUCCACCUCCCUCCUCCAACACACCCUACGACCCCAUAAUCCUCUCCCCCAUCCCCUCCACGCCCUCCCACAGCUACAACUUCAACACCGGCCUCGCAACCUCCAUCGCCUCCCACUCCCACACCUCUCAAACGCCCUCCAUCCCCAACUCCCCACCCCCAAGUUUCCACACCUUCUCCAGCCCCGGGACCCCGCGGCCGACACCCAGUACCCGAACGGGUAUGAGCGCCUCCACGGGCUCAGGUGUCGCGGGCCCGUAUGGUGAGCUCUGGGGUGUGGCGUCUAGUACGGUGCUAGGACACGGGGAGAGUGGGACGUCGAAUGAUGCGCUGGCGACGAUUGCGGGGUUGAAGCUGAGGGUUGAGUGGUUGGAGGAGAGUAUUGGGAGGCUUUUGUUGGAGAAGGAAAAGGAGAAAGAAUGUGCUGGGUUGGGAGAUGGUGGGAAUGGGAGGGAGAGGGAUAAUUGUUGUAUUAGUUUUACGGAUGCGAGUCCGGAUGUGGAGAGGGCUAUUAUGGCGAGUCGGAGUAAUUGCUGUGUUAGUUUUCGGAGGACGGGGAUGGGAGGGGGAAAAGGGAGGGGGAGGGAGAGGAGGAGGGUGUUCGCUUUUGUGGUGCUGGUUUUGGGGGGGGGUUUCGUGCUUGGGUUGAUUUUUUUGGGCGGCUACCAUUCCGUGAAGAGGGAGGGCUUUGAGGUGGAGGGGAAGGCUUGA